AUGGCACUGCAGUUUGAAGCCUUCUGCUCGGGGGGCCUGGCCCCUGGCUGGAGCCUGCUGGUCCAGGGACAAUCCAACUCCACAGAAGACAAGUUUGAGAUCAACUUCCUGUCCGAGUCUGGGGACAUUGCCUUCCACCUGAAGCCCCGCUUCUCCAGCUCCACCGUGGUGGCCAAUGCCUUCCAGGGUGGCCGCUGGGGCCCGGAGGAGGUGUCCAGCGUCUUCCCUCUGGCGCUGGGGGAGCCCUUUGAGCUGGAGAUCCACGCGGACGCGACACACUUCCACGUCCACGCCCAGACGCUCAAGGUGCUGCAGUUCACGCACCGCCAUAGGCCCCUGGCGGCCGUCACCCGGGUCCAGGUGCUGAGUAACAGUCGUCUAGCCCAGGUGGAGCUGGCCAAGAGGCACCCGAGCUGGGGGUGA